CUGGAGAGGUUUAUAUUUUUAUUUCUCAGAGAGCCUGAGUGUGCGCGGGGGAGGGGCAGAGACAGAGAGGGAGACACAGAAUCCGAAGCAGGCUGCAGGUUCUGCGUUUGACGCGGGGCUGGAACACACCAACCGUGAGAUCAUGACCUGAGCCGGAGCCCGGCGCUUAACGGCCUGAGCCACCCAGGCGCCCCUCAUCUGGGGAUGUUUUAAAAGCUACAUUGCCGCGGUGCCAUUCACAGUAGACGAAAUGAAUCAUAUGUCUGGGGGUGGGACCCUGGAAUACCUUCCUUUUUUUGGUCAAGCCCUCAGCGUGGAGCAAACACUAGAAGGUGGUUCUUAAAUCUGAUAACCGUGUGUAACGCUUGGCGCUGGUUUUACUAAAGACGUUGCCUUUGAAAAGUUCAUUCUAGAGAAGUGAUAGGGAAAUAAUAAUAAUGUCUGUAAUAUGUCAGCUUCCUUUUGUACAUUUAGAAGAUUCAUCGUUUACUGAUUUAAGAGAGCUGCUACUUUGCAGCUAAAAGGACCUAGGAUAAGAAUUCCUGCUGUGCUUUUUGCUAGCCUUUUGAUCUGGUGCAAACACUUCACCUCAUUGAGACUCGGGAUCUUCCUCUCGAAAAUGAAACUGACAGUAGUACUUAACUCUUAGAAUUGUUAGGAAGACUAAGGAUAUAAAACGUACCUGUCAUGUAGUUGGCCUUUGGAAAACGGAUUAAGUGGGGUGAAACCUGGGCGGUCUAAAAUUGAUUUUGAAGCACCAGAUCAGUGCUAAUUCUGUAAUUUUGAUAAUAAUUUUGUUAUAAGGGAACAUUCUUGUUUGGGGGGUAUGCGGUAGAGUAUUGGGGGAAACCAAUAAGGCAAAUGAGGGAAAAUGUUACUAACAUUUGGAGAAUCUGGGUGAAGAAUAUGGAAAGUUCUUUGUACUUUUCACACAACGUUCUUCUUUAGGUUCUGGAUCCUUCCUCUACUACUUGGUGACGUUAUACAAGUGGUUCAACCUUUCUGAGCCACAAUUGUCUCCUCUCCAAAACGGAAGCAGCUUUUCUCACAACCACAAGAAAAGUACUCACAACCACAAGAAAAGAUUUUUGAUCUUCCGCAAUGGGUGAGCCACAACAAGUGAGUGCCCUUCCGCCACCUCCAAUGCAGUACAUCAAGGAAUAUACAGAUGAAAAUAUUCAGGAAGGCCUAGCUCCCAAGCCUCCACCUCCAAUAAAAGACAGUUAUAUGAUGUUUGGCAAUCAGUUUCAAUGUGACGAUCUUAUCAUUCGCCCUUUAGAAAGUCAGGGCAUCGAACGGCUUCAUCCUAUGCAGUUUGAUCACAAGAAAGAACUGAGAAAACUCAAUAUGUCUAUUCUUAUUAAUUUCUUAGACCUCUUAGAUAUCUUGAUAAGAAGCCCUGGGAGUAUAAAACGAGAAGAGAAGCUAGAAGAUCUUAAGCUGCUUUUUGUGCAUGUGCAUCAUCUCAUAAAUGAAUACCGACCCCACCAAGCAAGAGAGACAUUGAGAGUCAUGAUGGAGGUGCAGAAACGUCAACGCCUUGAAACAGCUGAACGGUUUCAAAAGCACUUGGAGCGAGUCAUUGAGAUGAUUCAGAAUUGCUUGGCUUCUUUGCCUGAUGAUUUGCCCCAUUCCGAAGCAGGGAUGAGAGUAAAAACUGAACCAAUGGACGCUGAUGAUAGCAACAAUUGUACUGGACAGAAUGAACAGCAAAGAGAAAAUUCAGGUCAUAGGAGAGACCAGAUUAUAGAGAAAGAUGCUGCCUUGUGUGUCCUCAUUGAUGAAAUGAAUGAAAGACCAUGAAGGAUGUUUCUUCUUUUUUUUCUUUUCCCUUUUCAGUAAAUGGCGUAUAUUGGUUAAUUUGCUCUUGGAGAGUCUUAAAAGAGGUAUAUCUAGAAGUCAUGUAAAUGGCUUGACUCCAGCCUUAUCAAUCAUGAGAUGUCACAGGCCAUUUCACUUUGUGACAAAUAUAGGCAAAUGAGUAUGCAUACAUUAAGGGUAAUCGCCUUAAAAAGCAGAGUGCUGCAGUUGUGUGAAACAUUCCUGGUUUUGGAGUUGCAUAGAAUGUUGGAGAUAUCCUCAGUAAUAGCAGGCCUUCCUUCAUCUUUGAAAAGUAGAUUUGUCAUUUGCUUUAAGAAUGAUUGAUAAAUAAAGGAUAACAAGCUGAAUAAAUGUGAAAUUCUAAAAUCUUUAGAUUUAUUUUACUUAAAAAUUUACUUAAUCUCUAAAAACGUAGUAUAACAUGCUAAAAGAGAGGAACCCCAUAGAGUUAUAAAACAGCAGUUUUGUGUUUCCUCUCUACUGCUUCUGUAAACACACUAUCUGAGCUACUUGACCCUACCCUGGAUAGGUCUUAUAAUUUUUUUCUACUCAGAUAAUAAAUCCUUUGAUCACUUUUAGUUACAAACAUUCAUUUUUGUAAAUGUCUAAUUAGCUAUGCAUUUUCCUUAAAGCUAUGCUCAAGACUUGAUAAGGCUGGAAGCCUGCAUUGGGAAAGGGAUUUGAUAGCAAAGACUAUUGGAUUGUGUGCUGGAGAUUCUUUUUCCCUUAAGAUGUGGCUGCCCUGCCAGGGUCUACAUUUUUUCACUCCUCUUGGGUCUACACAUGGGACUAAGUUCUUAGCAAUGGAGUAUGGAUACAAAAAUUCAGGCCGUUUCCACAAAAAUUUCUUGGCGUGUUCCUCCAUUCCCUUCUCAUCUGCUGGUUGGAUGGCUGCACCUAGGAUGACUGUGGAAGCCACUUGAAGAUGAUAAAGGUUCAGUCAGUUGGGUCUUUGAGUGACUAGGACUAAGCCCUUCUUUUAUUAUCCACUCACCCACCCUAGUUGAUUUGACCAGGAGCAAGAAGUCAGCUUGUUUUGAGCACUGAGAUUUUAUUUCUGCACUUUUCUGCCCUCCACCCUCUCUUCCACCAGGGGCUUGGUGGAGAAUCUUCUUUGUUCCUGAAGUUCUCUGCUGGUCUUUCUCUUUAUGUAGGCCAGUGGUUCUCAAAGUGUUGUCUAGCAGCAUUACAUCACUUGGGUACUUGUUAGAAAUGCAGAUUCUCAGGCCUCACCCUAAAUCUACUAAAUCAAAUUCCAUGGGUAGGGUCCAAAAAGCUGUGGUCUAAAAAGCUCUCAGGUUCUCAUACACACUCAAGCUUAAGAAUCACUGAUAAAGGUAGUGCUUUUUCCCAGGUGUCCCCUUUGAGUCUUUCCUCAGUUCUUGGUUUCCAGUAUAUCACCCUUCAGGGAUUUGCUCUAUGAAGGUUUCUAGUUCUAGAACUGGCAAAGUCCAGUUUGAUGUGGCCACAAGCCUAUUCUGUAUGUGAAACAUUCAUGCAUCCUUUUCUUUAAAAAUCUUGGGAUGUAGACUGUUGCCAAAUAGAUACUUCUCUAUUAGACAGCUAGUUGGCCAGUCUAAUUUUUUUUUUUUUUCCUGUUAUGUGUUUGGUAUAGAUGUUUGGGCUCAGGGAACACAGUCCAGGCUCUUUAAAGCUUAAAUUGAAGUGCAUAACACUUGAGCAACUCUCCAAAGAAAUCUUCCUUUGACCUCAACCUUUUGUUAACCUUGCAGAUGUUGGGCCAAGAGGUACUAAACCAAUUUUGGCUUGCUUUGCAAUUGUUUGCAUGGAAAAAACUAAAUGAGUCUCAUAACAUUAUAAGAGUCACAACAUCAUUUGUAUGAGGGUGUGUGUGUGUGUGUGUUUAGGGAGGAUUAGGGAUUAAAAUUCCACGAGGAAUCUUAAAUUCUGACUUUGGAGGAUCUGAUCUUGCAGGUCUAGGUGGCACCUGACCAAAACUCUUAAAUUAGAGUUCUAAUGUGAACUGCAAUUACAAUGAGAUGAAGGAGCAGUCGUGAUCUGAUAAUUGUUACAAGGUUAAAAGUUAAUACAGUCUUUCAAUCUUGUGAGGGUCAAAAUAUAUCUCUGCAUUCCUAGUUAUAAUGAAUAUUCCUGAUAGACUGAUUCCUCAAAGUGAGAUAUCUGCGAUAGCCUGGCACUUCUUGAAAUUACUGAUGUCCAGACCACAGAGAUUCUGAUUUCAUUGUUCUGGAGUGGGCCUUGGGCACUGGUUUUAAGAAAUCUAGAUGACUUGACCGUGUAGUGGGCUAAAGGAAUAUUGCAUUCGUACUCUGCUCUAGCUAGUUGAAGCAAAAAGACAAACUUUUGAAAUGAUAACUGUGCUAUUAUAUGAUGAAAGUAUAAAUUGACCAUCCAAUUUAUAGGAAGGGGUCCAGAGCAUCUGACUCAAACUCCAUUCAGAUCCCUUCAUUAUUUCUCCUGUAUGGUUUCUCUCUGUUAGCUUCAUUAUCUUUACAAACCAGCCUUUUUAUGAAUGGAUGGAGAACAUGGCUGCUGACAGUUCCCAAGUGUUAAGUCUUUCUGCCCCACUGCCUGAAAAAAGGAGGACUAAUUAACCAGUCCAGAGAGGAAAUUAGGGGUGGCAUUCC